UUAGUGUCUUCCAACUUUUGACACAUCGUUCAAUAAAAACAAAUCAACUUCGAAUGCUCGAAAAGCAGCAGGAAUAUUUAAUAUAACGCUAAACAACUUAAAUUUACUACUCUCAAAAGUAGAAGUGUAUCAAAAUUGUAGCUAUUUUCAGUCGAGAACCAAGAAGGAGCCUUAAAAAUGACACGCGGCAACCAACGAGACCUGGCCCGCCAGAAGAACCAGAAGAAGCAGGCGGAUUUGACCAAGGGAAAGCGAACCGAUAACCUCACCGUGGAGCAAAGGAAGGCCAGGGACGCUGAGUUAAUGCGGGAGAAGCAGAAAAAAAAGGAAGAGGCCGCUGCGGCGGGCACAAGCAAAUAGUCAACCCACUGGCUUGAUAGAGAUCUGGACUCCCGGUUGCAUUUCCGGACAGGUUAGGCUUAUAGUCAGUCGUUCGUCAGCCAAGACCCCGAUUCGCCCAAGGACCUAGGAUAGUUGGUUAGAAUGUACAUGAAGCAACAUACAUAAUUCACGAGAAUUGUAUACAACUACGCAUAGAUAUUACCGGGCUGUACAGCACGCGACAUAGCAAUAGCAAUAGCAAGUGCCACCCAAGGACUUCGAUUCUGUUCCGGUUUUUGUUCAUUUUCGUUUGCAGUGCUGCUGUACGAUAAUUAAGUAAUCUUACAUUUUAUUUCUCCACCUACCUGACUAAAUUAUUUACUGUAAUGUAUAUAUAUAAAUUUUCAAAUAAAACAUAAUAUGCAGCCGACAGAAAGACUCAAUUAUGUGUUAUUGUGUUUGACGAAAAUAUAUAUAUAGAUUAUGGCACUCGAUAACGGUCGAUUGCUACCGAAAAUUAACUUUAACUAAUGAAUCCCUUUUCUAGCAAAUAUGGUCGCCGAAGAGAGAGAUAUAAAGAUUGAUAAUCCCAGAGCAAUCCCCAUAAGUAUAGCUCAAGAAUGUUAAAUAUAAGCCUUAGAUCUUUAAAAUCGGAGUAUGAAUAGGGCGCUGGAUACGACCUACUAAACUUCCUGGUCUGAUUUAAGCAUGACCUAAUGAGGUAUUUAAUUUGCCUCGAGUCAUGCUGAAAUUUGCAUACAAUGGAAUAUGGAUAUUUGUAAAUGGCACGAUUUGAUAAAUAUGAAAGUAGCUGCAUGCCAAAGCUUGCCCCACAAAACUAUCGCCUAGAUGCCAAUAAGUCGAUUGCUAGCAUUUACCUUUUACAGAAUAAAUGACCAAAAACCUGGCCACUAACGACUGGCAGAUGCACACAAAAAACAUGCUGCUAAAUAAAAUUUCAGUUUUAGUUUAAUUUUAUUUUAUUUAUGUAUAAGAAAAGAUAUCAAGAAACAACAACGAAUUUUGCGCAAGACUGGUAAACUAAG